AUGCCUCCACAAUUGGUCAGCGCUCGGCAUUUAGCGAAGAAUUCCAAACGGAGCUCGAAAAGGCACCUUGUUUCGCUACCGCCACCUCCCCGCGAUGCGCAUGAAUUGAGGAUGAACAAUCUCCUCAGAACCCUCACUGAAAAUCAAGUCAGGUCUGCCCAACACCCCACCGAUCUCAAAUUAUUACUAAGCGCCGUAAAGGACAGCCGCCGUCAGUCGCAUGAUGUAUCCAAACUUUCGGACGCGUUCUAUGACUCAUUGGAAGGACUGCUGCUCGACCUCCGGACGGUGACAUUGGACAAUCGGGACUCGGAGGCCUUCCUCAAGCCGGUAUCUAGGACUGAGGUACCCGACUACUAUAUUGUCAUUGCGACCCCCAUGGACCUGCAAACCAUGUUGAAGAAGGUCAAGCAGAAGCAGUAUAAAUCAAAGAAGGAGUUCAAGGAUGACUUGGACCUGAUUUGGUCUAAUUGCUUCACCUAUAAUGCCACUGAGAAUCAUCCGUUAAGAUUAUGCGCGAAACGACUUAAAGUCAAGGCCGAGCAACUCCUUAAGAAUAUCACUGAUUGGAAAGAGCGAGUUGAUCCCGCUAUUCCGACUAACAUCCCCCAAUUCACUGCCCUUCCUGGGCCCAACGGCGUUUCCGCGAAUGGGCACGCGCGAUAUCCUCCUCCCACUAUUUCCAAGGCUCCUAGCCCUGGGAAAGCUAUCCCCAAAAUUCCUGGGAGCAGAAAGGCGCGCGGACACCUGCAAUUUGAGGAUGCGCUUGCCAUCACACGUUCCCCUGCCGGAAUGUCGAGCUUUGCGCGAUUGGAUCAUGCGCUGGACCAACGAUUGAAUGCGCUCAAUAGUGCUGACAGUGGCUUCUUUGGUUUGGAAGAGCAGCUGAACGAGUUCAUAGUGGCUUCCGAUGAUGAGACUGACGCUGUCCUGGAAGAAGUCACACUGAAGACAAUUGACGGGGAUACUGGCGCGAAGCGGAAGCUCAAUGGCUUUAUUGACAAUCGACCUCGGAAACGAGUCAGGACACAUCGACUGGAGGACAAAGAUGUCGUCGAGCUUUGGUGGGAUGCAUUGCAAUCAGACGAUCUGAUCGGGAAUGGCCUCCCUAAUCUAGUUUGCGCGUCUUCUGAGCCUAUCCCUACUCUUCCGCCCCCAAUCGACAUCAAUGAUCCUCCACGGGAAACGACUGUUAGGCAUCGCAAGAAGAAAAAAUUGGGACCAUCGACGACCACGCUGUUGUAUCAUAUGAACAACAAUAUUCGCACCUUACGCCGGGUCCGCACCACUCAUGCAAAGUUCGCCAUCCUUAGUCAGAACUCCGAAGAGGGUGCGGCGCCCGUCAUGCCUUUCGAUCCAGUGGAGGAGCUUGAUGAUGUGAUCGAUGAACAACCAUGGAAACCUAUGGGGUCCGGGAUCGAGAUUGGGGAAAAGAGUGCGGACAAUUGUCUUCAUUGGAUGGGAGGGAAGGUACUUGAGCAUGCAGGUUUCCAAGGCACAUCCAAGGUCGCCCUCGACGUUCUCACGAGUGUUACGUCUGAAUAUCUCCUGAACGUCGGUCGUACUAUUCGUUUCUUGACUGACAAAUACGCCAGGAAGAUGACACCCGAGGAAAUCAUACUGCACACGCUUUUUGAGAGUGGUACCACCCGCAUUUAUGAGCUCGAGCGCUAUAUCAAGGAUGAUGUCGUGCGGUAUGGCAGUAGACUUACUGAGCUCGAAAAGAAGCUUGCAAAUGCAUAUCGUGAAGCAACCGCUGAGGAGGCAUGGGAUGACGACGCUCUUUUCCAGAUUGCAGAUGACGAGGAGGAAGAUGGCCAAUUCGUCAUGGGCAAUUUUGCUGAGUCUUUCGGCGAAGACUUUCUUGGCCUUCGAGAGUUGGGUAUCGCCGCUGAGUUUGGACUUUCGAGUCUCACGAUUCCGAAGAAGCUGCUCAAAGGCAAGAGCAAGCAGGGCCAUACGGAAGACUCGUCCGCUGCGAAACCUUCCGAGCCACCACCUCCGUUUCCACCACCGCCACCUUUGGUGCCUCUCGAUUCCAGAAUGGUGGAAAGUCAAAUUGGUUUGCUCAAGCCUUAUUACCAGCAGCGGCUGGCUUCAUUAUCUGCACCCUCCGCACCCCCUUCUAUUCCUAUACCCCCACCUCCAUAUCUCGCGGACACCUCUUUUGCACAUCCUGCCCCGAUACCCGCUCUUAUUGACGCGAACGCAGUACCGAUACCUCUUCCGGACGAUGCACCCAGCCCCUCGCAUACGAAGAUUGGACCUCUCGGGCAGAUCAUGAAACCAGCGUCAUCUACAGCGAACUCGAAGAAGAAGUCGAAGGGGAAGGUGCCGAACGCACCUAUCCCCGGACCAAACGGAACCCUGGAGGGUACGCCUCAUGAUGUCCUUAGUCCUCUCGCGGGAGACGAUGCACAGAGGAAGCCCAAACCUCCGAUGGCUUCAACUAGCAAGAAGAAAUCGUCCAAGGGUCCUGAUGCGCUUCCUCCAGUUUUGAUGGCCAGUGCUUGA